GUUCCAAAUAUGUUUUCACUUAAACAAAAUACAUGAUAGUGUUGGGAAAGCAUUAAGAACAGCUAGCCAAGAUCGCGUGACUGUCAACUCUCAUGUAUACUCUCAUUUGAACCGGGUUUAGAGGGCCUCAUAUUUCCCCAAUGUCACUACAGGAGGAAACAGGAAUACUUGGACGUGCGGUAAAGAUAUCGGGCUGGAUGUUUGCAGGCACUGAACUCCGGUAACAGGGGGGAAAGAGACAUAAACUAUAAGCAUUAUGCUAUAUCGCAACAACCCUCAUGCACAUGCGAUAUUUAAAAGCGGAAAAAAUUAUGCAGUUAGGAUGUAAUAUUAGAAAUACGGUGAGGAAAAAGACAAUACUCAAUAGAUUAUAUAUACGUCAAUGUCUGGAAGUAAAAAACAUCACAUCCUGUAAAAAAUGACGCGUUCUAGGAAUCGUUAUUUCUAAUAUUUCAGGGAUGCAUUUCAUACAACAAGGCCUAUAAACAUAUCCAUGAAUGAUUAUCGUAUAUCAAUAGAUAAUACUCGAACUUUCGGCUAAUUUCUGAGACUCUAUUGGUGAUGGCGUGAGCUCUGAACUGGCCCGGAAAUCGUCCUAAGACGUAUUUCAAAACUCCUUAAAUGAACAAAGUCUUGUACUCCCCUUUUCGGAAGCGGGGAGCUUCUGCGCUGGUUAAAAUUAGCUCAAGUAGCGUCAGAUACGUUUACAGCAAAUCAAAACGUUUAGAACUACUAAGUACGUAAAACCACAGGUAAAACAAAGUCACUUCAAUAACUUAAUUAGCAUUUUAUAUGACCAAAUUUAUAAGGAUGCGUAUUGCUUUACACUGCUCAAUGUUGUUUGUCGCAAAUAACCGGUUAAUUGGUAACAUAUGACUUCAAUUUUCGUGAGUGUUGUCACAGAACAUGUAUUGACACCCAUAGAUUAUAUAUAACUUUGUGACUAGAAGACAGUUAUCUGAUAUACGGCAUACUGCGUGAACAAACAACUAAGUUAUUUUGUGUGAAGAUCGUACGUGGAAUAAUAUUCUCAACUGUGUAAGUAAUAGAGGACGCGAUGAUAAUGUAAUUGAAUGUCGAUGAAAUUUUGCUACUCAGUAUAUAUACUUGUACUGUAUCUUUUCAAGUGAUUGCUUGUACAGAAAUGCUAUGUUUUUAGGAUGUAAAUGCUAGACCGCUGUGGGGACCGUUUUAAUAUGUUAAAUUGCGGCUAAAUAGCUCUGAAUAUAAUAUCAGAAAGCGAGUUGGCAAUGUGAAAUUCUAUCACGCGAAAUUGCUACAACAAAUUACAACAUUAGAACAGCUUCAAAAUCGCGAUGACUAGAAAACUAUAGCAAUUUUGAAGAAAAGGCGAGCUUUUCACUGUACAUUCAAAAACAUGCGGAUGUGAGAGGGCUAAUAUAUUAAUAUUAUUUACACAAAACAUUUUAACGCUUUGGCGUGACGGCGUUGAUAUUUCACAUCGCUGAUGAAACCUUCUGUAUUUUGUAAGUGCGCGAAGGUUUAUAAUUCCGUAUUUUACAAAGCUGGGCCACAAGUGUGAUACCAUAUGCUUUUUAUAAAUGUUGAACCUAUAAUUAUAUUGCUCUAUUGUUUAUAGUGCUUAACUGUGUGUGCAAUCACCGAAUCUUUGACGUCAAACCAUUGAGGGAGGAAUUAACUCGGGUCAUUCCUGUCCAAGUAUAGCUGUGUGAACGUUGUUAGAAGGAAGAACUCGAAUUUGGAGACGGGAUUAUUCACAAUGAACGCUUCUGGUAUGUUUAAUAAUACAUCGUGUUACAUACUAGAUUUUAUUAUCAUAUGUCUAGAACGGGUAAUAUAUGGCCAUAUAUUGCCAUAAUCACCAAGGCCUAGAUAUUAUAGACUAAAAGUUGGGAGAAACGGUUAAACAUGUAUCCUGUUGGAAGUUUGUACACCUGCUUCAAUGUAUCGUUUAUGACUAGAACCUGAAGAGGUAACGGUCAUAUACUCAAUUCUAGUUGGCAAGUAUCGCUAACAUUUCAAAAUCACUGAUGUGUACAAAAUAGAGUGAUACUUUGAUAUAUGAAUCAAAUCACAAUUCUUAUUGUCAAAUCGAGCGAAUGCCGAGAUUUACUGGAGUUUUGAAUCCAAUGAAUCACUACUACAUUUGUCUGUAAUCGAAGCCCUCUUUCCGUACGAAAUGUCUGGGUAACUAGAAUGGGAACAUAAUUGAUUACUCGAUUGCCAUAAAGGACGGCAUUUUAGCAUUUUGGCAUUGUGCAUCUCAUUAUUAUAUUUUUAACCGUAGCUGAAAACAUAGCAACCAUAGGUAGAUACCUUAUCAGGGAAAUAAAAAUACACAAUCUGUAAGGGAUGAGAUCAGAAGGGAUAGUCGCUGGUAUCAGUUCACACAAUGACCUUUCCAUACCGUCUAUUUAGUUAACUGAAAUUAUAAUGGGAAGUGACUACAGCUUUUUGGUUUGUGCGCGUUUACAAACGGCAAUCGUCUUGCUAUAGUUUUGAGCGCGACAGAAUCAACGUGUCUUACAUUAGAACCAAUCCCUCAAGUCUAUACCAUAUAAGUCCAUAUGCAAAGCACUAUUAAUUUUAUCGCCAUGACAUAGAUAUGAAUAUAUAUAUAUAUAUAUAUAUAUAUAUAUAUAUAUAUAUAUAUAUAUAUAUAUAUAUAUAUAUAUAUAUAUAUAUAUAUAUAUAUAUAUAUAUAUAUAUAUAUAUAUAUAUAUAUAUAUAUAUAUAUAUAUAUACCACAAAGGGCUGAUAAUUCUAAUAUUUCAUCUUGAUAUACUAUCGACCUAAAUUGGUUGUGAUAUACACUAUGUGCAUUGAAAAUACUGUCGAUGACUCGAUGUAAUCUAGUGAGCAUUACUAACUUACAGGGAUUUACAACCUAUGAAGUGCAUAAAAAGUUGAGGUUUUAUCUAACAUAAAGAACUAGACAGAGGCCAUUGACACAGGCACAAUAUUCUUGAAUAGUUCUAUCCAAGCAGAGUGAGAGAAUGAUACGAGCCCGGCCGCUGUAUUUGACUAAUCCUACUCCAUGCUAAUAGAGAAGAAACCUGAAUUCAAAAUUGUGACAGAGAAAAAGUAAAUUGCGGCUGAAUCAUCCUUAGUAUAGCUCUAAGACCUACUAUAGCUAUAGCUUCAUUCGUGAUUUAAAAAAAGCACUGGAAGAAUUACAUGGACCCCUGUGUACGUUAUCAUUUCCAAAUUUAUUGCCUUCCGGAAGAAUGCGUCUAUUGAUAAAUCUUCCGUAUCACAGGCUAACGAUCAGUUUUAAGGAAGUAAAAAGUGAUUAGCUUUUUCGCCUCAAUGAAAUGUUGAGGUUAGAUAUUUUUAACCACAAGUUUAUGUUGUUGUUCUAAACGAGCCAUUAGAACGCGUUAGUAUUGGCAUUCCUAGUUGCCACCGUGCCAUAUAAUGAGAGGAAGUAAUCAGAUUUCAAAUUGUUUGAGGUAUUUUUGUGAUGAAAGACAAGAAAUAAGCUACUGUUGCAUUCUUUGCACUUUAGCGUAAAAAGUUGUGUCUUAACCGCAAGAAAACACUUCCUACACAAAGAAAUUUUACAUUUGAAACCUAUUCCAGCUCGCUUCCGUAUUCCCACAUACGGAAAAGACCGCGAAUUCCCAACACGCUCAUUUCGAUUUAAUUUCGCGCGGCGUGUCAACACGAAGGUGACAUUGUAAAAGCUAUAAAUUCCCAAGCAAAGCCAGUCACAGCACGACAGCGAGGUCUGUGAGGGGUUAAAGUUUAAAUUUUCACUAGAUACAAAGGAUUCACUGUUUCAGAUUGCGUUUUCAAGGCAACACAUGUCCUUGGAUAUUACUAAAUUUAAUUAGGUUCUGGGACAAAGGGACUUCCGAUUUGUUGCUAAGGAUUUUGCAUAAUAACUGAUGGAAAAUUCCUGAGUUUUUUUGACACGGUUAAAUAAAAUAUAAUAAAACAUGACUAGCAUAUUAACUCACAGGUGGGAGGGAACCACUUGAAGAAUCUUCCUCCAAGAUAUGACACUGCAGACAGCAACAGAAAGUCCGUAGUCACGAGCCCCGCUACCUAUUUCGGCCCUGGGUUUCCAACGCAGCUUGUAUAUAUAGGUUCUAAGGUCACAGAUGAUAGUGAACCUGCAGUUAUCACAGUGAGGAAAUGAUGUUGAUUUGUUUCAUUCUAUGAAGUAGUCUUGUAUUUGGAGGCAAAUAAAAUCCUAUUUAUUUGAGAGAUUUAGUUUUGUUUGCUUCCUAUCAGUGUGUUAACAUUUCUGCAAGUCGACAAGCAUAUCUGUAUAGUAGCAAUAUUUAGUAUAAUUUUGAACUGUCUGUGGCAAUAAUAUUAACAAGCUUUCUUUGGUGCAACUACCUGAAAAAUAUGAGGAGAAUUUCGACGAAGGGCCUUCGCUCGAAACGUCGAAAUUCUCCUUAUAUUUUUCAGGUAGUUGUGUCCCUACCAACGAAAGCUUGUCGAUAUUUAGUAGAUUUUUACACAUGUAUAUGUCAAGGGCAUUGGUGAGCGGAAGGAAGCGCUAGGCUUAAGGUUGUCAGGAGUACUUCCUCACACAGCUGUGAAUUAUGCCACCUGGUUGAUUUACAAAAAGGGAAAUCCUUGAACUCCUGAUCUUCAACACCAAUCUUAUGCUACUAAUACGCCUGUGGAUAUUCACACAAGAUUAGAUUUCGUGGUGACCGCGCUUCGUGCAACGGAUUUUUACACUAUUGUGUUGUUUUGAUUUUAUCACGCUGCGCGCCACAGCAACACACAAAUAAAGCACUUGCCUGUUGGCUCUAGGCCAUUCGGUGUACACGCAAACGCUACGUGCACACCCAUUCAUCAAAGAUGUGGCUAUUUUUGAAUGAAUGUGGCCAUGUUUGCGGAACGAUCAUUUUGCGCAAUCUCAUAUGCACCCCAAUAGGUAACAAACAAAUUAAAUCUAUUUUCGCGAGUUACUGAAGCAUUCGCACAAAUUUGCUUGAAGAAGCGUUGAACAUUGUGGAAUAGUGGUUAGAUUUAAACAGAUAUUUUACACAAUAAAGUCGACGCUUGGACAAUGGCGCGCUCCAGUAAUUUUGCAAAAGAUCUAGAUUCUAGAACAUUGCUCCUUCCAAAAAUCAGCGGAGAAGAACAGCUUAAAUCAUUGGCAUGUGCGUUUUAAUCGUUCACAGUGUUUCUACAUACAAUCCCUUAUACCUAACUGCUAACAAAUGUGCUUCUCUUGUAGUUAAACUUGCAUAUUGCUUAUUCCUACGUAAGGGCCCACACUUGAGCCUUGACACAGGGCCAAAUAUAUCACACUACAAAUAAAUAUCGUCAUACUUAUAUAUUGAUGCCAAAAAAUAACAGAACAACUAAAGCAUCACUCAUUUUAUACAAUGCAUUAACGUGAGAGUUCGCCUUUGAUCCUUGAAGGAGCGCCAAAUACUGGGUACAUCAGACUGUAAAAAUAUUGUCCUAUUUACCAAAAUUUGGGUAACACAAUACAGUAAUAUAUGAAAUUGUCACUAAUACGAUUUAGCUCAAAAAACUAUACGGGACUAUAGUUGUUUCAACGCAUAUGCAUACGGCAAAUUUAUUUUCUAACAGAAGUUACCAGAUGGGAAUGUGCCUUUGAAUUUCUUAAAUCUAGUUUCGCCAUGUCAGACAAUCGCGACAUUCCCAUGGCUAAUACAGUCUGAUUGUUAUACAAAUGAAUUAUAAGGAAUGUACAUUGAGAGUUGUGUUGUCAUAACAACACUGACGAAUCUUCCGCAUAUUACGAGGGCCAGUGCUUCAAUGCUUCCUACAGGAUGUGAGUGACACCCAUUGACAUGAAAGUUGAAGAUGAAUGGGGACUUAGUAGUUAUAUGAAACUUGAAAUGAUUUGUAGAAUAUUGUAUUUGAGCUGGUGGUGAUUUUGUUGCAACUACCUGUAAAAGAUUAAGAAUACUUCACUGAAAUGCUUUCAAUCUUGUUCAGGUAGUUCAGACACAAACCACGACAGCUCAUUAUAGAAUAUUACCUACACCGGAUCCUACAUUUGAGAUAUGGUUUUUAGGUAGUACAGAUACAAACCCCAGCAGUAGAAUACUACUUACAUUGGACGCCACGUUUGAGAUAUCAUUGUAAUUACACUACAACACUACCAUAAAACAAUUGUAAUAAAUCUGGGGCAAGGUUAUAGAUAGAUUUAUAAAAUUGAAGAAGACUUAGGCAAUGUGCCCACUCCUAGAGAGACCUGUAUAGGACUUUCUUGCCAGCGGAAUCAAAGUAUCUUCUGCUAACCUGACAACUGUAGUAGAUGACUUCUACUUUUAACUAUGGUUUACUUGUAUUGUGACAAUAUCAGAAGUUGCAAGGCAACAGUUAGAUAUCACAAGCAAGCGAAGUGCUAUAGGACUGUUUAAUUUAAAGCAUCUUCAAGGUAUUUCCUAGCAUUGUUGUGCCCACGCCAGACAUUAAAGAUAAGAUCGAAGAAGAGGCAAUUAGUUGGGAACUAUAAUUUUCCAGGAUCUGCGUCAUGUGUGGGUAGUCCAUUAAGUUUUAUGUAGGUAUGUUAGUGAGCGUGGUUAGACACAUGUAUAUAAUUUAGCUAAUUGGAGUCUAAAGAUAGUAACAUUCUUGUUGCUGCAAGGUUUGUAUUUAUAGUGUAGUUAUAUUUAGCUUCAGUUACUUACUGGAAGAGUGCUUCCAGUUCGACUCUACCAAACGCCACAGGAAAAACGAAGCAAUAAGGGCCUUCCCUUAUAAAUCUAUUCUAUAACCUUGCCCCAGAUUUGUAAGUAGUAUUCUACUGCUGGGGUUGCUGUCUGAACUACCUGAAAACGAUAUCUGGAUCUCAAGGAAGAACAGUUUAGAACUGAUAGAGCUAUUCACUGCAAAUAAAGUUAGUUUAGUUAAGGUUUCCUCCUGUAGUAAUAUGAUAGAACGAGGGAAUCUAAGAUUCAAUGAGGGCUUUAUUGGACCUCUAAGGAUAACAGUUUAGCACUCAUAGAACUACCCAGUUAUAAAUUAGGUUUAGUGGUUUCGUUAAUAGGCAUCUAUACAGGAAGGACAGUUUGGAACUAUUCAGUGUAAACAUAGUUUAGUUGAAUUCAUAAUGCUUCGGUCUGAUUCAUAGGAGCGAACGAGCAGAUUAAAGACAUUGUUUGCAAAAUAAUUUCAACGAUUAGUCAACAGCCAGACACCAUAUAAGUCAUGAUCUUUGUCACCAUGCAAACUUAGAAACGACAAGAAUGCAUCGAGCACACUCGGAAGUGUGGGAAGAUGUAUUCAUGCAGUCACACAAAAGCCCGAACACCAUAAAUUCCAAAAUCAACAGGACACCGCAUAGAAAUCUAUUUUCGGCUUGAAAAUGCCGGAAAAACAAAAUGGUCAGAUAAUUUUUGGAAGAUUCUCGGUUACGAAAUCUGCGUGGUGAAAAAUGCGUUAAUUAAAGACUGUUUGUCUUAACGCAAAUUCCUCGCACGCGAGUACACAUACUUCCUAAGUUUAAGUUCUGAUACUUCCUAUAGUCCUAUAGUUCUAUACGCAGACGCCCACCAACCCAUUAAGAUGAAAGAAAACUUUGAAAACUUAAUGGGCUGACCGGUCAGACCCGAAUUCUUUUCUCUGUAUCAAUGGAAAGAUCUGGUCUAUGUUUCUCAAAUAUCUAGCGAAAAUGGACCUCAUUCUAAUGUUAUCUAAAUUUUCCGCUCAGAUAAGUCCGAAGCCUAAAUGUUUUGUGUUCCAUUCAAAAAUUUGACCGUUCUGACCGGUCUGGGUAGCGACAGAAACACCACAAAGCUGCGGAUGGAAAGGGAUUUAACUAGUUGAAAAAUACGAGCAAAACAUCGAUGUUUUCUGCGAAGGCCCUUGUAUUUUUCUGGUACUUCAAUUCCUAUUCAUCCACAGUUUUCUAGUUACCAACAACGAGAUAUUUGUGUCGGGGGGUUUCAGCAAGAUCACAAGGCAGAGGAGGAUAUCUUCAGAAAUAUUGACACUUUUAAUAUAUAAGAAAUCUCUCAAUUCCGCUUUAAAAUUGGACACGAUAACAAAAAGAAUUGAUAUUAUUAUUCUCUUUGAUAUCAAGGCUUGUUUAAACUAUCAAAGUAUGAGCACAGUAGGAAUUUUGCAUAGGUAAAUUCUACGUUUUGAAGGAUUUGUAAGAAAGGUGCGAGGGAGCUGAAUCAGUGUUAAUCAGUGAGUCAGUAAUAUAUGAAAUCUCUCAAUUCCACUUUAAAAUUGGACGCAACAACAAAAAGAAUUGAUAUUAUUAUUCUCUUUGAUAUCAAGACUUGUUUAAACUAUCAAAGUAUGAUCACAGUAGGAAUUUUGCAUAGGUAAAUUCUACGUUUUGAAGGAUUUGUGGGAACUGAUUCAGUGUUUAACAGUGAGUCAUUUCCCUCAAAGAUGUCUUACAAAUUCUAAGGAAUUCACCUAUUCAAAAUUCCUACUGUGAUCACAGAAACGUUGUUAGUUUAAACCAGGCUUAACUAUCAAUCGACCACCAUCUAUACUGUAUGAUAGUGCGGAUGAAACACAUUUAGAAAAGUAUUCAAUUUUCCUGUAUCUUUUGAAAAGCCUUUUCCAUAUCGCCACCGGAAUUUGCAUGCAAUAUUACCAAGACGGACUUACGCAACCGAGUGAUAAUUGCACGUUUUUUUAACAAAAAAUAACGGCAUUUCCCAUAAUUAUAGGAUUGGAACUGUCUACAUCCGUUUAGAAAAAUACCUCUAUGAUUUAGCGCAGGUUUCCGACACGAAAUCCCAGAAGAUAGAUCAAACGUUCCGAUAUUUUGUCUUCGGAAAUCCAGCAGAAUGAAAUAUCGAAGCGGAGGGUCAAGGUGACCCGUUGAACUACCGCUGGUCGAUUUUCUAUUCGUCCUAAGAUCGUUAUCAAACGUUGGGGGUUCUCAAUGUAGUUAGUAUUGUACAAUAAACUGUUAUGGUUUGUGUCUGAACUGCCAGUGAAGCCAGUUUAGCACAUAGGACAUAAAGGUAGCUAGAUCCCGCGGCAUCUAAGAUCCCAGAAUAGUUUCAGACAUGGCUUAACUGCAUGGCAGAAAUUUUAGGGCAUUACAUAAUGCUAACAGGAACAGAAAAUAAUUUAUUACGAAAAAUAUUAGUGAGCUCGAUAGAAACUUUGACCCCAAAACUUAGGAUCCCCAAAACAAAAAUAUUAUUUCAUGCUAUAGUUUAGCAGCCAGGAAUAGCCACGCUAGGCGUACGCUCUUGAAAGAAAUUAGAUUUAGCUCAUCCCAUGGCAAUGCCGGCCACAAAAUACUACAAAACCCAUGGAAACUAACAUCUUUUCCGUCUCAAAUACAAAGACAUCGAAAAGGAUCUUUAUAUUACUAUUAUUUUGCAACAGCUGUAACCAGGGAAAAGGACGACCCGGCUAACAUUUGGUUUAUUAUCUAAUCUAGGAACACCACCUACCCAAGUUCUAACCAAGAAAUCAACACAUAAGAACUCUACGCAUCUUUGGGAAUUUUUGCUUGAGCUUCUCACAGACGAGGCAUGCUCCUCGCUUAUCAGCUGGACCAAAGAAGAAGAAUACGAAUUCAAACUCAAAGACACGGAAGAGAUUGCCAAAAGAUGGGGCAACAGGAAACACAGGCCGAGAAUGAACUAUGAGAAACUGAGUAGAGCUCUACGGUAUUAUUAUCAGAAGAAUAUUAUAAAAAAGGUGGGUAAUAUUUGAAUGGUUGAGGCGGUUAGGGGUGGGGGAUGAGAGCACCCCCCCCCCCCCCAACGCUGUGGUUAGAUUAUAUGGGCGUGUAACGCUAGUUUGAAGUAAUAUGAUUAAAAACUCUUGUGAACAGACUAGACUCUCUCCUUUGUAUACUCAAGUCUCUCGGACUCUCUCCUUUGUUACACUGUAGUGAAUGUUACAAUAAGGUAUGGGCCUUACUGGACCUCUAGGGUGAACAGUAUAGAACUGAUAGAGCUAUCCAGUAUGAAUAUAGUUAGUUUAAUUUAGGUUUCUUCACAUUGAACAAAAUUAAGGAAUGAUUGCAAAAUCUCUGUUGAGUCCCAAAAUAACUCACAGUUGAUGAACAGUAAUGGCUUCCGAUUCCGAGUGAAUUCCGAGUGACUUACAGUCUUGCCCAAGGUGACAUCGACUUCCAGAACAUUACAACAUGCCAAAAUAAUCACGCUUAAGUUAUAAAUACCCGUGGCAUAUACGAAGAAACAACUGCCGAACGAUUAUAUGAGAGGCCUAUGGAACUAUCAAAUCUAAAACCAGAUAUUUUCACGUCAGAAAUUUGUGUCAAUUUUUCACAACCGGAAAUUUUUGCCUGACCUCAUGCUAGGCGAAGGGGGUGCUUUACCUUGGCUGCCCGCUGUUGGCUCACGUUCAAAUUUGUACACGUGUCGAUUUAUUGUGUUAAUACGAAGCUCAGGAAAUACAAUUAGGACCAAACAAACGUCACACUUCAAAGUAAAUGAUGCAACAUAGCAAUACGCAUUUUAUUGAAUUUAUAAAUUGAAUUGUUGAAGUUUUAUGGUCCUCUACAUCAUGUAGUAUCAAGAUAUAAUAUAGAAUACUUUUUGUUUGUGGAAAGAUUCUAAAGAUAGAAUAUGUUCUGUAAAUUAUUCUUUUGUAAGCCUCAUCGUCAGACUUCUGGAGCCGUUGUUCAAAAGCCGGUUAGCUUAAGCCUAGGUUAACAUGAAAUUCCGAACGAAAACUUCCCAACAGCGUGGUUAGACACUUUGAAAUAUUUCUUCGAAAAUCUUGUCUGGAUCAAUGGGAGUUUUCUUUUGUGAAGUUUUGAAAUGAACAAACGUUCAGAAAUACACAAGCUGUAACAGCAUGUAGGUUAUAGUACCGACAGAGUUAGCCGAGCUAAUCCAGCUUUGGACAACCGACCCCACCAAUAAAUUUAAUUCUACAUGUUCAACCAUAAUGACCUUAAGGCUCAACCCAAAUUCUAGCCAGAUAUAAAACCAGAUCUAAAUAUAACCCACCACAGCCUCACCCGAACUCUACAAUUCACCUUAAUAAGCCAAAUCAUAACCUUAAAUCCAAACCAUGAUAUAAAUUUGAAAUUUAAGCUAAAUGUUUGACUUCGGGAUUUAACGUUCACCUAUCAUUAACCAUAACCUUACCCAACUCCAGGCAAUCUUAAACCCAACCCUAAAAACUACGUAGUUGUUAAAAAUUUUAAAAACUGAAAUUUCAGAUCCACAGACAGGAAUGGAACUUAUGACGCAUUGCUCGGACCAUUUGCACUCAACUUCGUCGAGUUGGCAGCGAAACCGCCCAAUGAGGCGAGUUCAGCCAAGGGCAAGUUCAAAUUUCAAAAUCUUUUGCCACAUUGAAUACCCACUUGACAAAAACAUGCUUGACAAUUUCCGCAAGCUUCUAUUAAUCUAUACACCAAUAUAUUUUCCUUCAUUUCAAACUCGGAAAAGACUCGGCAGGGGUCCGGUCACUGUCGGAAAUUCGCACAAAGCAUGAUUUGUUACAAUUGAGGAACUAAUUUUAUUCCACUUGAAAAAUCGCGCUUGAAGGACCACUUAUCUUGCCACUUCAAUAUUGGCCUUUCCAGCGAACCACCGUUUUCAAUGCUUCAUCACUGCUUCACAAUAGGACACGGGUAAUUUACUCAAUACCUGGAGACUUCAAAGCUAGCGUAAGCAACCAACUGCAAGCGUAAGCUUAUUAAUUUGAACUUGGGAAUGUCAAAUUUUUUUUUCAUAUCUAACCACAAUAAUUAUAAUGUUGACUUGGCAUAAAUAAUUGCGCGUAGCCCAAUAUAGAUUCAUUGUUCCAACAUUUGGCAAUUAGUGACCGAUUUGGAAAAUGAAAGCGAUUUAUAUAGUUUAGAUAAAAAUAGAACAAUUUAAUUGUCCAUUUGACUAUGUUUGGUUUUGAUUGUGUCGGAGUAGAAUACAUUUCAAACUUCGUAAAUCCAAACUAUUGCUAUUCAAGAGCAUUAUAUGAGUUUGAUACUCCAUCAUUCCAUAUUUAUUCUUUUUGAAAGAACUAUCAUAAUUGUAAGUCUUAUUUAAGUAUACAGUUCCGUGGGUACUUGUGUAACGCCACUCAGAAAAUCUUCCGAUUUCCUUGUUAUACGGACGUGAUAUUGAGUACUUUGGUAGAAUUUUUGACAAAGAAACGUAACCAAAACUAGACAGGUUAUACUGGAUAGUUCUAUCAGUUCUAGAUUCUUCUCUUUGGAGAGCCAUUCCUUGUCAAGAGUUACUAUAUACAGGAGGAAACCUUAAUUUUAUGAAUACUGCAUAGUUCUAUUUGGUUCUAAACUGUUCUCCUUAGAUGUCCAGUAAGGGUCAUCUCUUGUCGAGUGUUACUGGAAUAUUAUAAUCUUGAAGGGCCUGUAUCACUGUAGGUGGUGCCAAUAAGAAACUUCGGACUAAUAGCGAUACAACUACCUGAAAAAUACAGGGAGAACUUGUAACGACGUUUCGACUACUAACUUCCCGACCUUCGCUCAUCGCUCGAAACGUCGACGUUCUCCUUAUAUUUUUCAGGUAGUUGCAUGCCUACCAAUCCAAAGCUUCCUUAUUAUCGGAAAAUCCUAUAUAUAUCAUGUGUCAUAUUUACACCCAAGCUUUACUAAAUCUUGAUUCUUUCAUUCUUACAGGUGAGUGGACAACGUUUGGUCUACAAGUUCGUCAAUCUACCCUUCGACAAUCGAAACAAGAAGUCCAAACACGUCAAGGAAGAACCUCGAACAGAGAGAAAACCAUCCCCAGAACCGACACGAACCCAGGAUGAAAACGCAACUCCUCGACAUCGGGAGAGAAGACCAUCGGUGAUCAAAAUCUCCGGGAAGGUUUCUCCGCCUAGGGAACCUUCUCCGAUACCGGAAGUAAAGACGGAAGAAGUUCAACCAAUCAAAGAAGAGCAUAUUGACGUGGAACGGCUCAGUCCGCCUGUCGUCACGAGUUAUGGCCCAAUUGAGCGCAUCAACACAGCACCUGUGGUCGUCCCUAUGAACAUGAACAUGAACACACAGAAUGGUUUAGCACAUAAACUUUAUAGCUACCAUCAAUACCCCACCAUGGCUUAUUACGCCAGGGGUGUACCCCUCGAUCUUUAUCGCUACCAUCCCUAUGCCGUUAUGCAGUCACCGUGUUGCGGUCGUGUCAACAUCGCAGGCAUUCGACCACGAUCGGUGAUCAUUCGGCCAAGCGAACACUAUCCGGUCACGACAACCCGCUCCCCGCCACCUUUAAUAAAAGCCGAGCCUGUCGACGUGACCCAGCAGGCGUCAUAGCAAAUCUGAGAAAUUUGGACUAGAAUUUUUUUACGAUACUAGGUUUCUAGGAGAUGUAGAUGUGGAUUUUGAGAAUUUAGUUGAGUCAAGACUAGAUAGAAUUUUUGUAUAAAAACCGAAGCAACUAGAAGAUCAUUAUGGUCUGCUACCAGAUAGUACUUAUUUAAACCUAGCUAGAUGUUUGGAAACUAUAUUUUAAUUUAAUCUAAGUAUUUAUAGCGAAGAUAAAUUAAUUUAAGCUUGAAAUACGCCGAGUUUGGCUGUUUCCAGUUGUUCAAAAUCAGUGACCUCCAUAUGUAUACUGGAGUGAGAACUCGAGCCCAAAAAGCGAAGCCAAAGAUGGCGUUAUUAUUGGACGUCAGUUUCAGUUUCAGUGGCGUUAUUAUUGGACGUCAGUUUCUUGGCUUCACUGUUCUCGUAGGCCGAAUGACUAAAGUUCUUGCUCCAGAUUUUUAUAUAUAGUUCACUGGACAAAAUAGUCCGUACACAAUAGACCUUACUGUUUAUUCACUUUUCACCCAAUGGCCUCGUUUUCGUGUCAAAUACUUACUCGUGUUUUGUGCUUAGUAGGGUUGAAAAUUACUUUGUUAUUGAGCCUAGGAAUAGCAACAAACAAAUUCGUCCAGGAAAACAUGGGAAUAUAAUCUUUAUCUGCCCCUGACAUGCUAAAAUAAGUUAACAUGAAAACGAGGCCAUUGGGUAAAGGAGAAUAAUCGGUAAGGUGUAUUGGUGGGUUUGAGUAAGCAUUUAAAGGUAGCAAAUGGUGGUCAAUAGUUCUGCGAACAAGAAGAUUGAACUAAAUUGGACAAUUCUAUUUAUUUGCAUCGUCGUUCUUGUGGUUCUUUACUGAAGGGAACAAAGUAUUUUACGUUUGUACAAACAACUGAUUCAAAACGCACACACGCAAAUGCCGUGUGGAAUUAUUUGUAAAAGUUAAAAUUAAAUUAAUUUACAAGUUUAAAAAAGUG